UAUGUCAUAUGUCAUAAUAAAUAAUAGAAUUUAAAGAGUUUGUUAUGAUAAUAAUAAAAAAUGAGUUAUAAUGUAUUAUAAAUAAAUAUUAAUAGAUGGGUUCACAUGAUAGAGUGAAAAGAAGAUCUCGGUCACCUUCUUCAAAGCGGGGAACGAAAAAACACAGGUCCCCCAAAUCUAGAUCAAGAUCCCCUCAUAAAAAUCACACUCAUGAUGACAAACAUGAUAGAAAACAUCAUGGAUUUGGUUAUAGAUCCAAGGAUGUUGGUAAAAAAUUUAAUGAAGACGAUUUUAUGGAGUCCCGCAGACAACAACGAGAAAUAUUGGGUGUCAGAGAUUGUCCAACUAUUUGGGGAAAGUCACCAGAACCAGAAGACUUGAAUUCUGAAGAAGAACUUAUAAAAAAUGAGGAAAAAGAGAGCACUGUGAAAAAACACAAAAAGAAGCGAAAGAAGGAAAAGAAAGAGAAAAAGUCGAAGAAGGAAAAGAAGCAUAAGAAGGAGAAAAAGAAAAAGAAGAAAAAAGUUAGCAGUAGUAGCAGUAAUAGUGAUUCCGAAACUGAGCAAUGGGUAGAAAAACCUGCAGCAGUGAAAAAUGAUUACCUAUCUGAUGAUAAUGAAGAAUCUAUGGUAGGACCUUCUCAGAAAGCACAUGCUACCCUUACUCAUAGAGAGAUGGGUAAAGCUUUACUGCCUGGUGAAGGUGCUGCAAUGGCUGCAUAUGUUGCUGAAGGCAAGCGUAUACCCAGGAGAGGUGAAAUUGGUUUAACAUCAAAUGAAAUAGCGUCCUAUGAGUCAGUGGGGUAUGUUAUGUCCGGUUCUAGACACAGAAGAAUGGAGGCUGUACGUAUUAGAAAAGAAAACCAAAUUUAUUCUGCUGAUGAAAAGCGAGCAUUGGCUAUGUUCAGUAAAGAGGAGAGACAAAAGAGAGAAAAUUUAAUAUUAGGACAAUUUAAAGAUAUGAUCAGUUCUAAAUUAGCUGAGAAAAACAAAUAGUUUCAAAAAACUUUUUAAAGUAUUACUAUUUGUUCCUUUGUUUUAAUAUUUGAAUGUAUUAGAUGGUAAAGUUAUUUAGAGCAAUAAGGAGAAGAUUUAUGUUACGAGAAUUAUUCUGUAAUUUUGUAAUUUAUUGUAUCUAUUGCUUUAUUGUUUUUGAUACUAGAUAAACAUAUUUAUGGUUCUAAUGUACAUACUGAUUUCUAGGAAUAAAAUAUAAAUAUGGAAUAAUAA